CGCUCUUGCCUGUGGAGGACCGGCAGGAGGACUUGUCUGCGGAGCAACAACCAAACUGUUGGAAAGGACGGCAGCGAAGUUGUCGUUUCGGGUUAAGACGCUGCAUCAAGACUAUUGGCUGCUUUUGUCUCUAUGGCAGUUUAAGGGAGGACCUGUCGCUCUUUCCCUGGAAGGACCAUUGUUUACAGCGCAGGACUUUUUUUUCACUCCGGAGGACCAAACGCUCUUUGUGCCGGGAGGACCUUUGUUUUCCUCGGAGGACCAACCGUUAUUGUGCCGGGGGGACCAUUUUUCAAAGCGGAGGACUGACCGCUAUUAACCCGGGAGGACCGUAUCGAAGAUGGCGGAGAGUGGAUCGGAGGAGAAAGAACCGGAGGGCGACGGAGAGCGGAGAGUCCGGGUAUCCUGGUUGGAAGAGCUGGUGGAUGAGCUUUACACAUUCCGGGACCUCUACUUCGAGACUCACGGCAUGGAGGAGGCUGGAAAUAGGCAGCGAGAUCUGGAGGAGCGCAUGCAGGCGACUCUGAAGGCCCUACAGGAAUUUGAGGGAUGCCCCCAGCGGAAGGCUCACCUGUUGGUGCUGGAGGGCCGGGCGCUCAACGUAAUGCCCGAGUACAGCCCACGGGCCGAGCAGCUGCUCUCACGGGCUGUCAAACUAGAGCCAGGGAUGAUCGAGGCCUGGAACCAGCUGGGAGAGGUGUACUGGAAGAAAGGGGACCUGUCCGCUGCCCAUACCUGCUUCACUGGGGCCCUCAACCAGUGCAAGAACAAGGUGUCUCUGCGAAACCUGUCGAUAGUCCUGAGGCAUCUGCCAGCUCAGGAAGAGGACGGCACCAAGAAUGUCCUGGCCAGCGUGGAGCAGGCGAAGGUGGCGGUGCAGAUGGACGUCACUGAUGGAACCUCCUGGUACAUCCUGGGCAAUGCUUACCUGUCACUGUUCUUCCUCACUGGGCAGAGUGAGCGGGUCAGUCAGCAGGCACUGGGUGCCUACGCUCAGGCGGAGAAGGUUGACACGGCCUCCCGCAACAACCCAGACCUCCAGCUCAACAGGUCCACGCUUCACAGGUACGAGGAGAGGUACCAAACAGCGUUGGAAGGAUUUGCUCGGGCUGCUGCCCUUGACCCUGCCUCCCCAGAAGCUUCACACCGCCAUCAACAGCUGCUCUCCUUCCUGGACCGGGUCAGCACCAUGGUGCAGCAAAAGGGGAAGCUGAAGACAAAGAGACUGAAUGCCAUGGUGUCCAGCCUGGUGAACCGGGAACUGCCACAGCACCAGGGCCGUUCCUACUCCAGCCCAAGUGGGCAGCCGCUCUCGCUUAGCCUGCGGCCUCUCUCCGCUCUCCGCCCCGGGCCCAACCCUGGGUUGGUGGUACUGGGCAAGGUGGUCUUCAGCCUCACAACCGAUGACAAAGUACCCUUUACCUUUGGUCUGUUGGAUGGUGAGGGGACCUGCGUGGCAGUGAUGGUGUACAACAUAGCAGAGAGCUGGGCGGUGCUGAUCGGAGACACGGUGGCCAUUCCCCAACCUCUAUUCAAGGAGCAUCGACUGGAGCAUCGGGGCAAGAAGUUUGCCUUCAACAGUGUCCGUGUGGAGACCCCGCUGGUGCUGAUGGUGAAUGGCAAGAAGCAGAGUGCCAGCUGCCAGGCCGCUGCCAUCGUCGCCUACAGAGACCCUGCAGCAAGUGAGGAGAGGUUCACCUGAGUCCAGACAGCAAUUUGCUCCCCGCAUCCUGGCACCCAUGGAGUUAACAUUACUGUUUGUGCUUCCCGUGGGAUCGCUGGCCGACUACCCAUGGGAUGGGGGGAGAACCAUUUACAAAGCUGUAAAUUACCACAUUCUCACUGUAAUAAACUGUUUACAGGAGGCA